UUUCAGUUUAGUUCUGCCAGCUAUCCUCUUACACUCGGGACGGAACUUUCCACGACGCAAAAAUAUUGACAUAAAAUAGCAAUCAGCAUGUGGGCAGAUCUCGCGGGCAAGGUAAUCUUGGUGACCGGGGCUGGAGCCGGAAUUGGCCAGGCCUUGGUCAAACAGCUGGCCUCCGCAGGAGCCACCGUUGUCGCAGUGGCCAGGAAGGCGGAGCAGCUCGAGGAGCUGGUUGCCUUCGAUCCGGUACACAUCCAGCCCCUCCAGUUGGACCUCAGCGGGUGGCAGGUAGUGCGCGAUGGCUUGGCGAAUGUGCGUCUGCUGGACGGACUGGUCAACAACGCCGGUGUGGCAGUCAUUAAGCCAUUCGAGGAGCUCACGGAACAAGAUUUCGAUAUCCACUUCGAUGUGAACAUUAAGGCUGUGUUCAAUGUCACGCAGUCUCUGCUGCCCCGCCUUAAAGACGGAGCGUCCAUCGUCAACGUGUCCUCGAUAGCGUCGUCCCGAUCCUUUGGCGGGCACACUGCCUACAGUGCCACGAAGGCGGCCCUAGACUCGCUUACAAAAUCGCUUGCCUUGGAGUUGGGUCCGCGAAAGAUCCGCGUCAACUCCGUCAAUCCCACCGUGGUGCUGACCAAAAUGGGCGCAGACAACUGGUCGGAUCCCGCCAAGAGUGGACCGCUGUUGGCCCACAUUCCGCUGAAUCGGUUUUGCGAGGUCCAGGAGGUUGUGGACGCCACCGGCUAUCUGCUGAGCAGCAAGUCCAGCUUCGUUAACGGCCACCACAUCCUCCUCGAGGGAGGAUACGCAGUUUCUUAAGAUUCUUAGAUUUCUGGAACUCGAUGAAAAUAAAUACAACACAUACUAUAA